AUUUGUAGAAUUAGAUUUUUAAUUCUAAUUACUAUUAGAAUUAGUUUCUUUACUUCUAGAUUAGUGUUUUUGUUAAACGAUUAUUCUUUAUUUUUAGAGUGAGAAGUUGUCAGUUUAAAUUCAACUAGAAUUGUGAUGACUUUUUUGUUUGAUUGAAUAAGACUAUUAUUUAUAUCGUUUGUUUUGUUAAUUGCUUCUUUAGUAAUUUAUUAUAGAAAGGAAUAUAUGAGAGGAGAUACAAAUAUUAAUCGUUUUAUUAUAUUAGUUUUAAUGUUUGUAUUGUCAAUAAUGUUAUUAAUUAUUAGUCCUAAUUUAAUUAGAAUUUUAUUAGGAUGAGACGGUUUAGGAUUAGUGUCUUAUUGUUUAGUUAUUUAUUUUCAAAAUGUAAAAUCUUACAAUGCUGGGAUACUUACUGCUCUAUCUAAUCGGAUUGGGGAUGUGGCUUUUUUAUUAGCAAUUGCUUGAAUAUUAAACUAUGGAAGUUGAAAUUAUAUUUUUUAUUUAGAAAGCAUGAAGGAUAGUAUUGAAAUAGAAAUUAUUGGAGCAUUAAUUAUGUUAGCUGCUAUAACUAAAAGAGCUCAGAUUCCCUUUUCUUCUUGAUUACCUGCUGCUAUAGCAGCUCCUACUCCUGUAUCAGCUUUAGUUCAUUCUUCAACUCUGGUAACUGCUGGGGUUUAUUUAUUGAUUCGAUUUAAUAUUUUAUUAAGAGGUAGAUGGUUGGGAGAUUUAUUAUUGUUGCUUUCUGGGUUGACAAUAUUUAUAGCGGGAUUAGGAGCUAAUUUUGAAUUUGAUUUAAAGAAGAUUAUUGCUCUUUCUACAUUAAGACAAUUAGGCCUUAUAAUAAGAAUUUUAUCUAUAGGAUUUUAUAAGCUUGCUUUUUUUCAUUUAUUAACUCAUGCUUUAUUUAAGGCAUUAUUAUUUAUGUGUGCUGGAGCUAUUAUUCAUAAUAUAAAUAAUUCUCAGGACAUUCGAUUGAUAGGGGGAUUGGGAGUAUAUAUACCUUUGACUUCUGGAUGUUUUAAUGUAGCUAAUUUAGCUUUGUGUGGUAUGCCUUUUUUAGCUGGGUUUUAUUCUAAGGAUUUGAUUUUAGAAGUUGUUUCGUUAAGUUAUAUUAAUAUAUUUUCUUUUUUUCUUUAUUUUUUUUCCACUGGGUUGACUGUCUGUUAUUCUUUUCGGUUGGUUUAUUAUACUAUAACUGGAGAAUUAAAUUGUGGUUCUUUAAAUAUGUUGAGAGAUGAAGGUUGAGUUAUAUUGCGAGGUAUAAGUGGUUUACUAAUAAUGAGAAUUGUUGGAGGUAGAAUAUUAAGUUGAUUAAUUUUUCCUACUCCUUAUAUAAUUUGUUUACCUAGUUAUUUAAAAUUAUUAACUUUAUUUGUUUGUGUGGUAGGAGGUGUAUUGGGUUAUUUAAUUUCUAAUGUUUCUUUAUUUUAUUUUAAUAAGUCUUUGCAUAAUUAUCUAGUGAGUUAUUUUUCUGGUUCUAUAUGAUUUAUACCUUAUAUUUCUACUUAUGGAAUUAUUAACUAUCCAUUAGUUUUAGGAAUAAGAGUAUGUAAAUCUUUUGAUCAGGGUUGGUCAGAAUUUUUAGGGGGUCAAAAUUUAUAUAAUGAAUUAGUUAAAUAUUCUCAGUAUGUAUCUGUUAUGCACAAUAAUAAUUUAAAGGUUUAUCUUUUAUUAUUUGUUUUAUGAAUUAUUUUCUUGUUUUCAUUUUUUUUAAUUUUUU